AAGAGAGAGAGAGAGAGAGAGAGAGAGAGAAAGAAUUUACAUUAAAGAUGUUCCUUGAAUUUUAGGAAUAAGUUUAUGUCAAAGCGCACGAUAGCCAAAAAAUCACUGUCCCUUCUCAGACUCGCAGUCUUUCAGCGAAUAAACAAUCCAGGUGGAAAGAGGAUCUUGGUUAAUCUUACUAAUCUUCAACGAUUGUUCUGUUCUCCAGCGCGAGACUGCACAGUGGCUGAUCAAAACCGCGGCCUAACGAUAUUACAGAUCCGCCAAUCACUGGCACGAAGAGAUGAAGACGAUGAUACCCAACACGGACUGUUGAUUUCUAAACAGAGCCAUGUCGACAGACGUGCGAGGAGUUAUAUUAUCUGGAGUUGAAUUGGCAAGAGAAAUCCGGCAGGGCCUAAUCAGAGAUGUGAGCACCUUAAAAGAGAAAUUACCUGACUUCACACCCGGCCUAGCUAUCGUCCAGGUAGGCGCGAGAGAAGAUUCAAACGUCUAUAUAAAAAUGAAAACUAACGCGGCCCGUGAAAUUGGCAUCGAUGUUCAACGUUGUCAACUUCCUAACACCACGACGGAAAUAGAGCUCAUCAACAAAGUCAGCAAACUGAAUAAUGAUCCAAAUGUUCACGGGAUUAUUGUGCAAAUGCCGCUUGACAGUGUCAAUAAGAUCAAUUCUCAUCUAAUCACCGAUCUAGUAUCGCCGGAUAAAGACGUCGAUGGGUAA